AUGAAAUCGCAAGACGUCACAUCAUUUAACCUACUCCCAGCCACAUUCUCCACUAUUUCAUUUCCGGAUGCUUCUGCUCCACUCACUUACCCAACGUUACCAGCACCACAUUUAUUGCCAUUCAAUUUCUUCCUGAAUUCUUCGCUGCUCACCCCAUUUCUAUCCACGCUUCCGGACCAGCCACUGCUGAAUCUGCCCGUUUCUAAUUCACAAUCACCAUUCGGCUCUCAAGUGUCAACUACUUCCUGCGCGAAAUUCCCUCAAAUCUUCGAGUCGUCCACGGAAUGUUGUUCUCAGUCCAGUGACAGCUCACAUGCUACAGGUUCCGGUACAUCGUCACCACGCGCCCCAUCUCCAGUGCGUGUCUCCUCGGUCGAAAGCUGCAGUACCACUACGAGAAUUCGGAGAGGUCGACCACAGCAGGAGAUCUGCGAUGAUGAUGAUCCGACUAGUCAGAAAAGACGUCACCGAAGACUUUAUGCUCGCCAGUAUCGGGCUCAAAUGCGGCACAAAAUUGACGAGGUGAAGGUGCUAUCAGCAAAGUUGGAGGAAAUGCAACGUACAGUCGAGAGGCUAGAAGCAGCGCUAGAAACAGAACGGCGAGAACAUCAUCAUAAGACAGUUCUACUGAACUCGAUGAUACAAUCGAAGCUCCUUCCUUAA